AUGGCGCAGGCCUGUCAAAGAUCUGAUAAACCAGACAGAGUGAGGGAAGAACUGAGCUGCAUGCUGGUUGGUGAUGGAGCAGUGGGGAAGACCAGCAUGGUUAUCAGUUACAUCUUCAAUGGAUACAACACUGAGUACAGGCAGACAGCAUUUGAUGUUUUCACAGGUUUGGUUCAUGUUAAUGGAAUCCCAACUCCUAUUAAACUGAUAGAUACUGCGGGACAGGAGGUGUUUGGCCAUCUUCGCGCUCUGUGUUAUGCCCAUGUGGACGUCUUCAUCCUCUGCUUCAGCCUAGUCAACCCUGUCUCAUUUGACAAUAUCGCCUCCAAAUGGAUCCCGCAGAUUCGAGCCGCCAACCCGAACUCCCCCAUCGUUCUGGUUGGAACUCAGUCAGACCUUCGCCACAGCGUGGAUGUCCUUAUUCGUCUGGACCAGCAGGGCGCCGGACCAGUGCUCUUUAACAAGGCCAGACGACUCGCGAGCAGGAUCAGAGCUGACGACUAUGUGGAGUGCUCAGCUCUCACACAACACAACCUUAAAAAUGUGUUUGACUGUGCUGUAUUUGCUGCCAUUAAGCACAAGCACGGUGGUGCUAAAUACAAAAAGCUCAGCCUGCUUAAAAGUUUAAAGUCUCUUUGUGAUGGCGGAUGGAGGAAAACCUUUAGAUUCCUGUGAUAUGAAAUCCGAAGAAUACCUACCCACCAAAGUAGGUGUACAAAGUGUAGGUUAUAUAUAAGAAUGGGACACAAAACCUGCGUCCUUGUGUGAAAUGUGACAAUCUGUGUCCACAUUCCACCGACUUCACUUCUUCUCUUUAUACCUUUUGCCU